ACUUCCAUUUUUUCUCUCUCUAAAAAACUCUCAACCGUUUCUCUCUCCUUCUGUUACUUUCCAUACAGCUUAGGGUUUCUUUUCCUUUACUUCAAGAUCUCUCUGAAAAGUUGGUGAGUUCAUCACAUUUGUGAUGAAGAUUUAAAGGGAUCGAUGAUUUAAUGGUGGAUAGAAUCGAUGGUUGCAUUUCUAUACCUGGUUCUACCCUGAUUGAUGAGAGAGAUGAUGACUAUGAGCGAGGCUAAAGUGGACUGCAUAUGAUGAUCUGAUUUUUAAAUGAAUCAUCUAGUCGUUUUUAUUUGUUUUUUUCCGUGGAUAAAUGCGCCUUUUUAUGCAUUUUAUACGUAUGGGUUGAAUUGAAAAGCUGAAUUUUGUUGCUGCUUUUGAGGUGCGUUUAGAAGAUGGCUAUUGCUGGUCUACACAAUGUUUCUGUGCUGGAAUCGUCCUUCCUUAGGGACUCUCAAGCUCAACCUCCUCAGCAAAUAAGUGAGGAAGGGACGAGGGUAAGCACCCGGGCAUCCUCGAUUCUCCAAAUGUGGAGAGAGCUGGAGGAUGAACAUGUGGUGAGUCGUGGGCACGGGAGAGUGAGGGAGAGGGAGAGGUUGUUCCAACCAAGGGAUGACGGUUCUAUUGCCGACUUCUCAAGGUCAGACACUUUCGGAAGCCGUGCGAGCGAACGUAGUGGUGAUUCGGAGGAUGCAAGUGUGGGUGAGCAUGACUGCAGCGUGUGGUCUGAAGGUCAAACUGGAUCACAGAAUGAUCCUGAUGUUUUCAGUACUUAUAACAGUGAGAAUUCUUCUGAUUUUGGUGAGGUUGAGAGGGGCAGGGUGAGACAAAUUUUCCGAGAAUGGAUGGCUAGUGGUGGAGGGGAGUGUACAUCUAAUAUUUCUCAUAACAACAACAGUUCAAGAGCAGAGUGGCAUGGUGAAACUGAACAGGAGAGGGCAAGAGUUAUGAGGGAGUGGGUACAAAUAAACAGUCAGCGGAGAGGUACCUGUGGUGGCGGUAGAGAAAAUCAACCUGCCGAAUUUGGUAGUCAAGUUGAACAAGUUCGGGAUGGACCACUUAACCAGAAUGAAGGUCAGAAUCAACUUCUCCGGAGGGGAAUCCGUAGAUUGUGUGGUAGGCAGGCUCUGCUUGAUAUGGUAAAGAGGGCCGAAAUGGAAAGAAAACUGGAACUUCAAGGAUUGAUGGAGUACAGAGCCGUAACGAAUUUCCCUCAUCGCAACCGCAUUCAGUCAUUACUUAGAGGUUGGUUCCUGCGACAUGGAAGAUCAGUUGAAAAUAAGAAACCAUCUUCUGUGGCUGAAAGUGAAUUGGGUUUAUUGAGGCAAAGAAGUACAGUCUCUGGUCUGAGGGAAGGAUUUUUCUCCAGAUGUAAUUCUGUUUGUGGUCAAGCAAGCAGCAGCCUCUCUGAUACAUGCAAAGAUGACAAUAAUUCAAAUGGAGAUGAACAAGCACAAGGAAACAACUCAUAUGAGGUCAUAAAUGAUUUUUGUGAACAGUCAGAACUUAGUUCUGAAGGAAGUGAUGACCAAGAACAUGACAGCCACAGGAUAUCUGAUGCUAGGGUUGAGUCAGGUGACAAUGCUGUUGAAGACAUAGAUUCACGAGAAUCUAAUGUUCAUGUAGUAGAAGGAUGGCGGGAACAAGUCCCAGAUAAUGUUGUAAGAGACUGGCAACGGUCAACCAGUGUUGAAUUUGUCGAAAGAAGAGAUAGAGGCGAACAAAACUUUGACACAGACUUGCAGGAAAACACGGACUCAAACUCACAGGAUAAUACUGCUAACGAAUGGGCCCGAAAUACCUUGCAAGUUAGCGCUGGGGAACGUACGAGGGAUAUACAAGAAGCUGGUGACAUAGCCAAUCAUCAAUCGGAGCCAAGUAGGGAGCCAAAUGAGUUCCCUGGUUUAUCUGGUGUUAUGCAUAAUUCUGAAGGCAACACAGACACUGUUGAUGAUGUAAACAGGCCAGAAUCUACUUCUGAAAACGAGGAGAGAGACUGGGAACCAGAUGUUGCUGAAUUCACUGAAUGGAGAGAAAGCCCUGUCGAAAAUACGGUUGAAAAUCAGCAACAAACUACUGAAGUUGGUUGGUCCAUGGGAAAUGAGGACAGGGAAAACAGUCAAUUAGAAGAAGCUCCUGAGGAGUGGCAUGGGGAAGGUGGUUUCCAAGAGGCUGUUCAAAGUUGGCUAGUAGGGCCAUCUGAUCAUGAAGCUGUUCCAGCAGGGCGGGUUGAUACAUAUUAUUUUCCCGAUGAUGAUAAUGUUUAUGGCAUGGAACUCAGGGAACUAUUAAGCAGAAGAAGAGUCUCUAAUCUGCUCCACAGUGGCUUCCGUGAGAGUCUUGACCAAUUAAUACAAUCCUAUGUGGAGAGGCAAGGUCAUGCUGCCAUGGACUGGGAGCUGCAUGGUUCACAUUCCCCUGGAUCUGUAGAGCAAGAUCUGGAGCAGGCGAGUGCGAAUCAGAGUGAAACUCAGGGGGAUGACGUUGUCAGAUCUUCUGUUGCUCUACCUUCUCAGCCAUUACCUUCUCCCCCAAUUUGGGAGCAAGAGUCACACCAUGAUAAUUGGACACAGCAUGACAUGCAUCAACGAUUGGGAAUUGAGUGGGAGAUCAUCAAUGAUAUGAGGAUCGACAUGGCUAGGCUUCAACAAAGGAUGAAUAACUUACAGAGGAUGAUGGAAACCUGCAUGGAUAUGCAACUUGAAUUGCAACGCUCAAUUAGACAAGAAGUCUCAGCUGCCCUAAACAGAACGUCUGGUUGCCAAGGGGUAUGCGAGGUUGGCUUGCCGAGUGAUGACUCGAAGUGGGAUCAUGUAAGAAAAGGGAUUUGCUGUAUAUGUUGUGAUAGCAAUAUUGAUUCUUUACUGUACAGAUGUGGGCACAUGUGCACGUGUGCAAAAUGUGCCACUGAGUUGGUUGAGAGUAGAGGAAAGUGUCCAAUGUGCCGAGCACCGGUAAUUGAGGUGAUCCGUGCAUACUCUAUACUAUAAUGAAAACGAAAAUACUAAAAAGGAAAAAGGAUAUAAGGAGAAAAGUCUGAUCAUAACAGCAUAGGCUUUACAUAGUUUUGUGAUUUGGGGUUCUGGUUUCAGAUGUAUAAUGAGUGUAUGGUUUUUAAUAACAAUGUUUUUCUUUUUCUUCGUUUCUUGACCCAAUAAAAAUACUGAGUGGAGAAAAUGCCCCUAUAUAUUAUACAUCAUUACCCUCUGGAAGGAAUUUACUUUAUAUAUAAGUAUCCCAAACUGAAAAGAGUAAAAAGGAAAAAAAAAAAUUAUAUGCAAGUAUUCAAAGGAUGUAAGCAUAUAGCUGAAUAGAAAAGGUCCAAACUCGUCUCAGCACAAAUACAAGAACAUGUGGAGAAUAUUAGAAGUGCAGAAAUUAGCCAAAUAAAGCUCAUUUAAGCACUGCAUAGA